CGGAAGUUGCGGCAGCCGUGCCUCGCGCCGCUGCUGAUGCGCUUAAACUUGUUGUAUAACAACAACAACAACAGCAGCGUCUCGAUAUGCUCAAAUGUCAAAUAACUGUUUUAUUAAUAAGACUAAUCAACAUUUAAACGCCAUGUUCCGGGAAAAGAUAUGACAGAAAUGGCAGUGGACUGAUGUGAGACCGUUUCACAUCACCGAGACCGAUCACUGAAGCACAAUAUUCCUCCCAAGAGACUGUGAAAGCAGGAAGGAUUGAAUAUUUAUGCAUAGUCUUAUUCAGGGUUUUCUUAGCCUUGAUGUGUCCCGCUGAGAUGUCUGUAGUGUUAAUUCGAAGGAUAUUCAUCCUUUUGUUUCAGGCGUAAAUUAUCAUUUUUCCCUACAUGCCCAUGAAGGCUGUGUUUCAGCGUAGGCUUCAGAAAUUGAAGCAUAUCAGAGGAGUCCAGCAGCCUGUGUUUAGGUAAUUUUGUUUCCUUUGAAUCGUGCGGUCUCCACAUUGUGGUCAAGAUGGAGUCCUACCUCUUCCCCUUCGACAGCCUGAUCUGUAUGCUCUUGGGCAUCUCCUUCACGGUGUGGUUCACCCUUCUUCUGGUGUUCAUCAUCGUACCUGCAAUCUUCGGUGUGUCCUUUGGGAUCCGCAGAGUGUAUAUGAAGUCCCUCAUCAAGCUUUUUGAGUGGGCGACCUUAAGAAUGGAGCGAGGAGCCAAGGAGAAGAAUCAGCAUCUCUACAAACCCUACAGCAAUGGGAUCAUUGCUAAAGAGCCAGUGUCCCUUGAACAGGAGAUCCAGGAAAUGAGGCGAGGCAGUGCAGAGCCUGAGUUUGACAUGUCUGACAUCUUCUAUUUCUGCCGGCGAGGUGUGGAGAGCAUCGUCGAUGACGAGGUGACCAAGCGCUUCACGGCAGAGGAGCUGGAGUCCUGGAACCUGCUGACCCGAAGCAACUACAACUUCCACCACAUCAGCACCAGGCUCACGGCGCUCUGGGGGAUGGGAGUGCUCAUCCGCUAUGGGUUUCUGCUGCCACUCAGGGUCACUCUGGCUUUCACCGGUGUCGGUCUUCUCGUGGUUCUGACGUCAAUUGUUGGACUGUUUCCAAAUGGAAGAAUGAAGAAUUAUCUCAGUGACAAGGUUCAUCUGAUGUGUUACCGGAUCUGUGUCAGAGCCCUCACGGCCAUCAUCACCUACCAUGACAGUGAGAAUAAACCCAAAAACGGAGGAAUCUGCGUGGCCAAUCACACCUCACCUAUUGACGUCAUCAUUCUGGCCAGUGACGGGUGCUACGCUAUGGUGGGUCAGGUCCAUGGUGGUCUGAUGGGCGUCAUUCAGAGGGCGAUGGUCAAGGCCUGUCCUCACAUCUGGUUUGAGAGGUCUGAAGUGAAGGACCGACACCUAGUGGCCAAACGAUUGAGUGACCACGUUGCAGACGAAAGCAAACUGCCUAUCCUCAUAUUCCCAGAGGGAACUUGUAUUAACAACACUUCAGUCAUGAUGUUCAAGAAGGGAAGCUUUGAGAUCGGCUGCACAGUUUACCCUGUGGCAAUAAAGUAUGACCCUCGUUUUGGUGAUGCGUUCUGGAACAGUAGCAAGUUUGGAAUGGUGAACUACCUGCUGCACAUGAUGAGCAGUUGGGCCAUUGUGUGUAGCGUCUGGUACCUUCCACCAAUGAGCCGUAUGGAAGGGGAGGAUGCUGUACAGUUUGCCAAUAGGGUCAAAGCAGCCAUCGCAAGAAAGGGAGGACUGGCAGACUUAUUGUGGGAUGGUGGUUUAAAACGAGGGAAAGUCAAAGAAGUUUUUAAGGAGGAGCAGCAGAAACUUUACAGCAAGGUUUUAGUGGGCAGCAGUGAAGACCGCAGUCGCUCUUGAAGGGACGCAGCUGUCUGCUUGACUUCACACGUGCUGCUCAGUGCUCACGGCGAGAGCCUGGAACCUCAGCGGAUGCCGUGCGGCCCUACACUGGCCCUUCCUGAACCUGCUCGAGCUGAACUGAUGAAGUCAUUGUGAGUUGAUGGGGAAAAUGGUGUUGCCAGACCCUCAGCUUACUGCUGCGCCUCGGGAGCUUUUGCAUCAUUGCACAAUUGUCUCUGGCAUUCAAUUCCUGGGCUGACCAUGAUUUCAGUUUGGAGUGAGAGUUACAUAUGGCAUACUUAAAUGAAUUUUUUUCCUUCACAGUCUGUUACAGUUUUGAAUAUUUGUGCUCUGUUACUAUAAUGCAUGAUGUCCUAGGAGAAGGAAGAGUUUGAAGUUAUUUAUUUAAGCUUAAAAAAAAAAGAGGAGAAAAUAACAGGAUGGUGUGCGUAGAACUUUAGUGUUGGUAGAGCCAUGAAGAAUAAUGUCUGUUAUGUGUGUAGCUGCUCAACAUUCAUCUCCUCAUGGCAGCCUCUCUAGUGUGCUCUUCAUUCUGUUUUUUUAAUAAAAUGUUUUUAAACAAUGU